AUGGUACUACUAAAUUCAUGAGUAUCAAUAGUGUUUAGGGCUUUUUUUAGGUUACUUGCUGCAGUUAUGGCUAAUUGUAGCUUAAGUUUUUGGUUUUGUUGGGAAUUAGGUCAUGUUUCUAUAGUCUCAGUAAGGCUAGACCUUUGCUUGGAUUGAAUUGCUGCUUUGUUUAUAAGAGUGAUCAUAAUAAUUUCUGGGUGUGUAGGAUUUUUUAUAAGGGUUUACAUAGGCUCAGAAGAUACAGAAAAGCAGUUUAACUUAACUCUGUAUUCCUUCGUCUCGUCAAUGCUUGUUUUGGUGGUGGCUAGGUCAAUACCAGUGGUGCUACUAGGGUGAGACUGGUUGGGGGUUACUUCUUUUUUACUGGUAAUGUACUACGAGGGGAAAAAGUCUUUUGAUGCGCCAAUAAUUACUGCUUUAACUAACCGUAUUGGAGACGCCUUAUUAAUUUGUAGAACAGCUGGUAUGUGUAUAGCAUCUGAUUUAAGCUUAGAUAUAAAACCCUAUUGCUGAAGAUUUAUCUUUAUUGUAGGGUGUAUUACUAAAAGGGCUCAAGUACCUUUUAGAAGGUGACUUCCUGCUGCGAUAAUGGCUCCAACUCCAGUUUCUUCGUUAGUUCAUUCUUCUACUCUAGUGACUGCUGGAAUUUAUCUGCUGAUUCGAUCGUCUACUUUUUGAUUAAGUUCUAAUGCAGCUUGUAGGUUGUUAAUAGGGGUUGGUAUCAUCACAACUACUAUUGCAGGAGUAAGGGCAGUUAUGGAGAGGGAUGUAAAAAAAGUUGUUGCAUUAUCAACACUAAGGCAAUUAGGAAUUAUGGCUUUUAGGUUAGGCCUAGGGGAAGUUGAGUUAGCCUUCAUACAUUUGGUGUGUCAUGCUUUUUUCAAAGCUGGAAUGUUUUUAAGAGUUGGAUCAAUAAUCAGGCAUAACGCGGGUAACCAAUUUUUUAGAAGAUUUGGUAUAAGUGUUGCUAGUUUAUCCCCCUCAGCUGUUUUUGGGUUAUUCAUAGGAAGAAUUUCUUUGAUAGGAAUUCCGGGGACUGCUGGGUAUGCUUCUAAAGAGUCAAUUGUUGCAUCUGGUUACUCAAGAAAUUCUUGGUUUAUAGGGGGCUUAAUGUAUCUAGGUAUCGGUCUAACUGCUCUCUAUUCGGUCCGGGUUCUUGUCGGCGUAACCAGGUUAGCUAAGCACGGAAUUCGAGACUUUUUAGGGGCGCGAGAGACUUUGACACUGUCUGCUCCGGGCGUAUUUUUAGUGUUUAUAGGUUUAAUUGGAGGAGAGUUUGUCUUAUUAAGGUCUUCUGGCGGGUUCUUUUUUGAGGUGCUUUCCUCUAGUGAAGCUUGAUUCUGUCCCUAUUUGCUGGUGGUAGGUGGGGUAGUCGCAGGGACUGUAUUACAGUUAAUUUUAACAAAGUUCUACGAACUCCAGCCUAAGUGAAUUUAUGGUAUAAUUUUUUUAGAUUUGAGUUCACGUUCUCUUGUAAGUGAAAAAGGUAGAACUAGAUUUUCUGGGGUAUCUAGAGAUGGGGAAAACGUAGCUGAAGUUUCCAUUCCGGUUAGAACUUUGGAGGUAGGUUUAGAGUAUCUUUCUGAUUUCCAUAAUGUAAUUCAGCGGGGGUCUGUAACCUCUGGAGUUGGAGCUAGUUUGGGCUUGGGUACUGUAUACGUAGUAUUUUAG